CGGAGCAGCUUGCUUUUCCAUCUUCGCAAAAUCAUGCUGAUAUUUACUGGAUUCUCUUUAAUUUAUGUGUUGCAGCUGUCGGCUAAUAUGGCGCUCGCAUCUGAUGACUUGAAGAUUAAACUUACAAUAACGACGCACCAACCUCUAAUACCAGGAAAUGAAGCUCUUCUUCACGUGGACUGUCAAAACGCAACUGUUCAGAAAGAAGCCAUCCAAUCUAUGAACAUGAAAUUCCUUUUACCGUAUUUCCUGCAAUUUAAGAGUAUCACCAGCUCAGCAGGAUAUAGUGAACCAUCUUCGUAUCGUAACGACGACGGUCAGCUGAUUCUAGAGCUUGGUAAAUGA